GGCAUCUUUCGGCUCUAGCUGUUUUUCGCUUUCGCUGCGUAUGGCCCGGGCCUGGGAAGCGCCGGGAUCUCGGGCUCGCGGGCUGGCCGGCCGCUGCCAGGGUUUGUAUGUGUAGUUCAUUCCUUGCAAAUACAAAAAUGUACAAGUCUUGGCCUGCUAAACCAAGCAGCACUCACAAGUACAGCUCAGCUUAGACUGACGAGCAGAACAUAUACCCAGUUUCAGAUACAGAAGCAAACUGAAUAUUUCACAAUGAAAGGGGCAUGACUCUACGUGCAUAUGAUGGAACUGACUGGACCACUGCAUUUUUAUCAGCUUGUGUACAUUGGCAUUCUGUCUACUACUUCAUACAGCUGGCCUGAAGCAUCUAUGAUAAACCCGCAGUUCAACGUGAAGAUGACAUCUCGGAAUUUCCAGCACAUUUUAUCAUGGAAAGCUGGAAAUAAUACAACAGUGCCAACAUACUAUCGAGUGAAGUACUCAAGUUUCAGAAGUGGAGAAUUUCAGAUUGCUGAAGAAUGUUCAAAUAUCACACAUCUAUUUUGUGAUCUAUCAGAGUAUUUUACUGAUGAGCAUGAGAACUAUAAAGCAAUGGUGCAGGGUUUCACAGGAUCCAAAGUAUUUACUUCAGCUACAUGUUGUUGUUUUAUUCCAUACUUGGACACAUACUUGGGUCCACCAGCAGUUAACAUUACUCCGUAUCCAGACUCCAUAAAUAUAACAACAAAACUUCCAGCCUCACAUUUAAAAAGAGAAGGAAAAGUGUUGUCUUUAAUUGACAUAUAUGACGAACUUAAUUAUGUUAUAACUAUGAGAACAUCUGAUGCACAGGUGAUGACUCUUAAGAAUACAACCACUAAAGAACAUUUUGCUACUGUUGUUGAAGGCUUGUAUCCAAAUGCAAAUUACUGUGUGUCUGUUGCUGUGACUGCACGUAUAAAUGUUAAAUCCAUCCCAUCAGCCUUGAAAUGUGUAAUUACUGGCUCCAUCAAUCAACAAGGUUAUCCUGCAGCGUCACUCAUAGGUGGGGUGCUUGUUGCAUUGGUAGUGUGCGUGAUCCUUUGCAUCUUGCGCAGAGGAGGCUUUAUCAGAUUAAAAACUAAAAAAUGGCCCAGCGUUUUGAAAACCACAAGGAAUUUGGGUUACUCAGUGUGUGAACCUGAACCUGAAAAUGUAAGUCCUGUGCAAGUAGUUUUUCAAGACGUUAAAAAGAAGGUGUGGGAUUACAAUUACGGUGAUGAUGAUGAUGACGACGACGACGAUGACACUGGAAACAACGGUGCCUAUACUAUGCAUGGUAUCAUUCGCAGAGAUUCAGGUGAUCAUGCAGAGCAAAACAUUUCAGUGAAACAUUCUAUGGACUGUAUUUCCACAGAGAGCAGCAGUCAAUCAAAUGAACUUUUGGCCACUGAUGUAGAAAACUCUGGGGAAAAACAAAUUAGCAUUAAGAAAAAUGAAGACACAAGUUCUAAAGAGUCCCAUCAUCCUUCAUUAGAAGAAAACUGUUCUAUGGCCUCCGUGUCAAGGAAUAGUACUUGCUUUAACAUAAAUUUAAAUACUGUGAUGUUGGGAGACUUGGAAGAGCUGUGGGAUGAUACUUCAGCCCUAAUCUCCCACCAGGAGGAUGCAGAUGAUCUGCCAGAAUGUGAUGAUUCUGAUGCACUUGAAUCAAAACUUUUCACAGAUGCAGUAGAUGUGCAGAAAAUAGACUGUCACAACAUCUCACAUGAAUGGCAAAAAUCUAGUUUCUCGGAUGAAAGUGAUUUGUCAGAUUCAGGUACAGACCAGGUGACUGAAUACAUAGGAAGAUGAGUUAAUAGAAACGAGCACUAUUUUACAAAACACAAAUACAAAACAAGCACUAUUUUACAAAAGCAUGGUCUCGUGUUUCAAAAUAUAUCUAAUUUGGAGCUGAGACUAUACUUUCCAAGUAAACCAGCCAUGUAGAUGUAUGUUGUCAGACAUUCAAGAAUCAUGUUAAUUACAGCCUGCAUUAUUCACAUAAAUACAAAUAACUAUUCUGAAGAUAAAUAAAUAUAUGUAGCAACUACACAGGCCAGUUAGUCAGUUUUGCAAAAUCUCAGAAGACUUAUCCAUGGAUUGCAACACUUAAGUGUUAAACAGUAGAUGUUUACCACACAUUCCAAACAGAAAGAAGUAUUUGUUACCAGGUGGUCCUUAACAAAAUCUUCUUUGUUAGAAAUACAUGAACAGGAAAGUAUUCCAUGUAGUCAAUCUUUGGAAGGUCUGUUCCUUUCUUACUAUUCUGCAGUGAGUUUUACCCAGUGUGACAAUGGAGUAAUGUUGCGUUCCUGUGGAUCAGUUGAGUCUCAUGAUGAAGUUCUACUGAUCAAGUGAAAGCCACAGAAAAAGCUGCUGAAAAAAAUUGUCAACCUCUAUUCUUAGGUAGAAACAGAAGUAGAUGUCUUUUUUUUUUGUCUAUUUGUAUUACCAGUUUUGUAUCCUUUUUUUAAUGGUUUUAAUUAUCAACUGCCACAAUUGUGAGAUCCAAUAAAGGUAUUUUAAAA